AUGCAUCACAAGAUACCGCCUCUCGUGCGAUGCAUACAGCGUUCGUUCUGUCUCCCUAGCUACGGACCGCCCUCGCGAAUCCAACCGGGCUCUCUCAGGCUUGGACAAGCGCUUCCUCGGACCGCUGCAACUCUGAAUGAUUCGUGUCUACGAUCAGGGACUAGCAACUCGAGGCGAGACAUCGCGUAUACCUGCUUGAACGCUUCGAACCCAGACACUGCACUUUCAUGCCUCUCAAGCUGUUCUAGCCAGCGGCCCGUUGGCGAGAUCUCCGCGCGUGCCCUGCAGCGUCUUGACUCUAUCGCCUCUAAUUCUAUGAGACGAGAGCCAACCAUGCAGCUCUACGCAUGCAGCUUCAACGCACGAUGA